GUCACCUUUGAAACACUGACUCAGCGUUACCUCCCUUAGAACCGCUCUCAAUAUGGCGUCAAGCUCACUUCUUCGUGGUUGCGGAGGAGCAAGACAAUUAUUCUUCAGGCCAAAUUCAGUACAGAAGGCCUUAUCUUGCCAUAUUCGAAAAGACAUAUCUGCUAAAAUCUUCUCAACCUCAUCAUCAGCUUCAAGUCUAGAAUAUUUCCGUGCAAGAAGAGGGCCAUUUACACCAGAGGAGAAACAGCAUGGACACUCCAUGUUGGCCUCCACUCACUGGAAGAUAGAAAGAGUGGUAGCCAUCUCGAUGUUACCAAUUCUGCCUGCCUGUAUCUAUCUUGGAGGCCCAGUCUCCGACUUCAUCAUAACUACCACAGUGUUAGCUCAUGGCCAUUGGGGUGUUCAUGGAGUGCUAACAGAUUACGUUGAGAAGUUCUUUCCACCUGUCCAGUACUUAUGGUACAUUAUUUCGAUCCUGGGCUUUGCAGGCAUGAUGCAUUUUAACUACAAUGAUGUUGGAAUCACCAAGGCUAUUGCCAUGUUCUGGUCCCUGUGAUAAGACUUACUGACAUAAUAAUAAACAUGCUUGUAUUCAGUGUAAAAACAAGGCAAAUGUGAUGAAAGGAACGGCAUUUUCUAGAAAGACAGAAGACACUGCAUCAAAUUAGGGAGAAAUCCAUAAAAAAUGGAUGUUACUUUUCAAAUUUCACAUGACUUUUUUGCAAUCUGUGGCAAUAGAGGCUAUUUUAAGAUUGGAAAGGUCACUUGCAUUCAUCAUGAUGUAUCCACCUGGCCAUGAUAAAAUGUAACAAGGAAUUUUGAUAUGCAAACAAUGCAUUGUUGUACAUGUACUGGCCAUGCUUUUCCUUUGCUGUUUAUGAGGAAAUAAUUAGUGGAUUUUUUUGUGCAAAUCUGAUUAUUUCUAAGCUUUGCAGACUUUGAAUGAUUUUGGGAUCUGAAAUACAUAUAGAUCACACCUAAACUGAAUAAAACUAGGAUUUUUGGGACUAACACACUUUUAAAUAUACAUAAAUUUUAAGAAAGAAGUUAUUGUCCUUUUCACAAUAUCUGAUUUGGUUAUUUAUUAUAAAUGCCAUUUGUAGAAUUCCAGUCUGAAUUCUAGUUCCGUGAUUUUCUGUUGGACAAAUAAAAUUUGUUCUCUAACUAUAUGUUGUACAUAAUAAAGGAAAUUUAAGUA